AUGGGAAAUACAGUGCAAAAUAAUAUAAAGGAGCCUAGAAUUGAAUCAUCAUUGCCUUCAAUUAAUGGCGGUACACAACAUUAUCUAGAAACAUUUCCGAAUCAUCUACAUAAAACAGAUGAGACGGACUCAAUUUUUACUCGUUCAUCAUCAUCUUCAUCACAUACUCAUCGAUUGAUUGAUCAAAUUCAAUUUGGGUCAAUUCCCGAUAAAUUCUGUAGUGUCCGUAUUCUGCUCAUGCAAAGUGGCAUGACUGGAAAUAUCACUCUCUAUGACACUCACAAUGACGAAGCAUUUAAACAAAUUAGAGCCAAAUUACAUCUCAAUAUUAAAGAAUUGAAUGAAAAGUUUAGAAAAGAGAGGCUUUUAAAGCGAUCAACUCCAAGCUUCCUGGCAAAAAGUGCUCCUUCUGUGAAACCGCUUCUCGUGAGCAUGCUAGGUGGAGAAAAAUCUAAAAGCAACCGUACCAUAAAGCAAGAGCAGCCAACACAAAAGAACGAUAAGCAAAAUGUGAAACAACCAGUUGGUCUUAAUGAUAUUAGUAUUUUAGGAGAAAUGUUAUUUGGGUCAAUUCCCAUACAAAUUGUGGGACAAAACACCAAAAUUCAUUCCGUUCCACAACACAAGCAGACCUGUCUCAGUAAGGUAUUCCGAGUUGGCCUUCCGGUGAGCUCUGUAAUUAGCAAGAAGGAACAAGAGCAAAAUUUAAAGGAGCAUCAUUCCAUGUUUUCUAAAAUUCCAGAACAUACCAUGAGCGAGAACAACCAUUCUACACAACAGCAUACUGAUGCGUCUCCAUCAUCGAGCUCAUCUUCCAUUAGAGGUCGAUCUGGAAGUAUUGUACAUAGUCCUAGCAAUGCCAGUAAUAUGCCCUCUAAUGGUGCUGGAGGUAGAGUAAGAAGCUUGUCAACAUCAGUUGCUGAGUCUGCAACAAAAGAGUUCAUUGACAGCUUUGAUCAUGACAAUAAGCAGCAAAAAGCCAAGAAAGAAAAGAGAAAGAAAGUUCAAAAAGAUCAAGAAGUCUACAUGUGCAAGUCCUCCUUCGGUAUUUCUGUACUUCUCGUUUUUCAUGACAGUGGCGAAGAUAAGGAUGACCUUCAAAAUCCAAACCAAUUGCAACGUUUAAUUUUUUCACAUUUUCCACUUUUUGAGCAUCGAUUAAGGAAACUUCUCAACACGUGCAAACAAGCAUUGCAAAAAUAUUUAAAGAAAAUUGUUGAAGAUGCAAAGGAAGCUGGACGAUUGGAGGAAAUGUUCAGCGGUUUCACAUUUAACAUUCGAUCAUUUCAUGGAUGUUUGCAAGAGAGCGAGGAAAUUUCAAAGGCUUCCAUUGACUUUCAUAGAUUUAUCAUUUCAUUUCUGCACGCGCCUCGUUUUCAUUCUCCAAUUUGGCAGUCUCAUUCACUCAUGCCAUUCAAAAAGGGUAAUGAUUUUUCAUCAUUUCUCAAUGAUUUGUUACUUCUCACGAAUGAAGAUCCUCAAAACAAAGGUUUCAUGACACAAAUCAUUUCCACAAUUCUUGCAAAUCAUCUUUCAUGGAUUGCACAUUUCACAAAAUCAUCUGAAACAGAAGAAACUUCUCCUUCACACUUACUGGUCAAGUAUUUAAGGUCUCUGUAUGGAGCUGGUUAUAUUGGGGAUGAUGAGGGCUAUGAAGGCGACACUUCAGAUAGUUUAUCAACCUCUUCGUGUGAACCAAAGAAGCAUAGACUUGGCCUAAAAAAGUUUUGUAAGAUUAUUGUGGUUGGAAGUUCAAACAGGCAAAUACGAUAUUGCAUUUCCCUGAUCACAUAUCUUUUGAAAUCUGUGCUUCUUCUGGAAAAAGAAUUUUCGGUAGACAAAAAACUACCUGGAGCCGUUCAAAAUGUCAACCCCUCUGAGCCAAACAUGAGAGAGCCUCUUGUCACUCUUACACCAAUGCAAUUUCUUGAAAUGGCUCCACCAUUAGAAUCGAAGAAAAGCCCAAAAUUAUUUCAAAAACCAUUCGUUGGUGAUUUCCUACCAGCUUCAGGUCAAUCGGAUGACGACAAUGAGGCCAGUAUUAAGCCAGUCACUUUAGUUCCACAACCAGACUGUUCCGUGACACCAUACACUGAGGAAGUUGAACAACUGAAUUUAAAAAACAAAUUCAACAAGUUUGGAAAUGCAUUAUUUGGUGAUGUGUGUACCUGGUAUUGUGGAGGAUUUGUAAUUUCGGGAUUGCCAAGAUAUGUCACUUUCCAACAAGAGCUUAUUGAGGACUUGGAAUUUGUUCAAACAGAGAGUAUAGAUGGAGAUACAAGACUACCUGACACAGCUAGUUGUGUUAUUGUUGAUAUCGAGGGAAGAUCAUGCAAUGUUAUUGUAUCUCAUCAGAGUCGCGUUAAAUUUGAAGAGGGACAUGCAUCUGACAUGAUAUCUAACAUGCUCUCAGAAAUUUUAUGCCUUAAAACUCUCAAUGAUAGCCCAGAGACCAAUGCUGUCUGUGAACAAUUGUUUCAAGAUACUCUUUACAGUUUGGUUCUGAAAGCAAAACUACUGCUCACACUUUCCGACUCGCUCAAUAUCGAGCAACCAUCCAAGAAUUCUAUUCAAGCUGCACCCUCUUUACUAUCCUGGAGAUCCCAAAAAAAGCAAAAUAGCAAAGGUUUGGCAGAUGUCAUCAAAAAGAAGUUCAAUAAUAAUGAGAAAUCGAAAAAACAAAAUCCAGAACCUAUAAGUUACGGCCAAAUAGCUGGUCUCCUUGGUGUAUCAACUUCAGACAUGCCAUUACUCAUAUCCAUAGCAAGUGCUUACCGAGCAGACAUUGUUAAAAAGGUUGUUCCUCAAAUCAAAUCUACAUCAAAAAAGAAGAAACGAUAG